UAUGUUUUUAACAAAAUCGUUGUGGUUUUCUCCGACUUUUGACAUAUAAAGUCUGCAAUCAAUCGAAUAUCAAAAUCGUUAUGUUGUUAUUGAUGUUUGAGGCAUAAGAGAAAAGCAUGGAAGACAACGAACGUUCCCCUCCCGUUUCGGGGGAAUCAACCACAACGCACACACCAACAGACACAGACAACACAGUAACGUCGGUUGAUUCUGGUAAAACAAUUGACGAGAACACGGUCACAAUGGAUUGCCUGGAUUUCAAAGUGCCAGGUAGCAUGCCAGUGCCAACAACAAGCCCUCUUUCGUCAGAGGUAAAACUUAAAACAAAAUCAAAUUCUUCAGAAGAAGACACAGAGGCGAAAGAAAAUAAUGCAACAGUAAACUCAUCCGGACAAGACACUAACAGUAAACAGAAGACUGACACGAAAUCAAAUGCUUCAGGCUUUUCUCCUGCAGAACAAUUAAGAAAUGCACAAGUCACUAUUCCGUACAAAGAACCUUCAUGGAGCGGACUAUGCGACGAAUCAUACCAGUUUGAAGUGCUCAAAAAUGGUUCUAUUAUUGAUAACGUUGAUCUAACCAAACAGCCAUUCUAUGUUUUUGGUCGACUGCCCAGCUGUGAUGUGACAAUGGAACAUCCUUCCUUAUCUCGUUACCAUGCUGUUGUACAAUUUUCAGCAAGUGACAGUGAAAAACGAGCGAAAGGGUGGUAUUUGUAUGAUUUAGAUAGCACACAUGGAACUUGGAUCAACAAAGUUAAGGUUAAGCCAAAAGUAUACAACAGAGUUCGAGUUGGCCAUGUUGUGAAGUUUGGAGGAAGUUCUAGGCUACACAUUCUCCAGGGCCCUGAUGAUGAUAAGGAGGAGGAAUCUGAUUUGAGUGUUACUGAGAUAAAGGAACAGAGAGAACGACAAAAGAAGGAAGCAGAGGUCCUUCACCAGGCAGAACUAAUAGAGGAAGAAACUAGAAUGCAGAAGGAGAAACAGAGGCUGGAAGACAAGGGAUGCACAUGGGGAAUAGAUGAAGAUGCUGAAGAAGCUAAUGAAGACAGUCCAUUCAUGCCAUCGUCACUGAUCCCAGAAAAUGAACAUCUCUAUAUUGAUGAUCCCAAGAAAGCUCUUAAAGGCUAUUUUGAGCGAGAAGGCUAUGAUUUACCGGAAUACCAGUUUGUAGAGUGUGGACAAGGGAAACACAAGUGUAUGGUUGAGUUGCCUGUAGAUACCCCGACUGGGGAGCCGGUUGUUGCAGAGGUGGUGGUGUCGGGGAAGAGGAAGGAUGCUGUUGUUGCCUGUGCCCUGGAGGCAUGCCGCUUGCUGGACAAGUAUGGGGAGCUUCGGAAGUCCAAACAUGAAAGUCACAAGAGGAAAGAAAAGAACUGGGAAGACAAUGAUUUCUAUGACAGUGAUGAAGAUACUUUCUUAGAUCGGACUGGUACAAUAGAGAAGAAACGUGUCCAGAGAAUGAAGAAAGCAGGGAAGAUAGAAGACAAGGCAGAGACAUAUGACUCCCUGAUGACAAAACAUACUAAUGUAUCCAAGGAAAUUGAAGAAAUUGAAGCCAAGCUUGAGAAGGCUAAAGCAGAUGCUGCUGCCUUCGAUAAUGAGGAAGUUGAUGCUCUGGAUGCCUACAUGAGUGCAAUCAAGUCUGGUGUCAUGGAUACUAAGACAAAGAUGAAGCUCAAACGUCAGCUGAUUGAGUUGAAGCAGGAAGAACAGAAACUACGUAGACUUGUCAAUCUAGCUAAACCUGCUUCACUCCCAGAACUCAAGAAUUUCUGUGGUUCCAGAUUUGUCCCCCCUCCACCGAAGCCUGUGGUGAAAGCUGCCAUUCCUUCAGUCGGGAAGAUCCAUGUGGGACCCAGGAAACACUUACCAGUGCCAACACAAACAAGAACUACAAUAUCAAAAGGAGCUGAUGAGGAAGAAGAAGAAGAGGAGGAGGAAGAAAGUGUUACAUCUACAGACUGUAAUAGGAACACCUCCAUGGUGGGUGGUGAGAGACUGCAGUCUGAAGAGCCAGACAGUACAUCAGGCAAGGUUAAAGCCCCCGCUAAGGUGCCUCCUUCCGUCUCAAUGGAAAGCGUGUCAUCAAGCACUGUUAAAGGUCCUGCCAUGCCUCCGCCCCCUUCAGCUCCCAGCCAAUCAGCUGAGAGUGUGAGUUCUAGCAGUGUCAAAGCACAUGGCAAGGCCUCUCCGAGUCCUGCUGGCUCCGGAGUUCCUGACAGUACAGAGGAACUAAGUCAAAAGAAUGUUGAUACAAAAGCCAAGAAACGAUCUUCUUUGGAUGAUGUCAAGGUGAAGAGCAAGAAGCCAAAGACUAGUGGCAGUAAGCAGACAGGUGGUUAUGAUGACACAGAUCCUGAUUAUGCUGUAUGGAUGCCGCCCCAAGGCCAGAGUGGGGAUGGCAAAACUCAUCUGAAUGCCAAAUAUGGAUACUGAUGGACAUCACGCACUUCAACACUUCAUGGGUGCUUAACUCAGCUAAUAGAUGUUUAUACUGUUCCUUGGUAAUUGUAUAGUUUUGUACAGAUGUGAAUAAAUUUUACAGACAGAAGAA